GGCGCCCCCUCCCCCUCCCGCUCUUUUAAACCCGGCUCGCGCCGCGCUCUGCGCGUGCGCGGCCGGCGGCGGUUGAACGGUCAGCGCCAGCCCGGGAGCUGCUCUGGGGUUUAAAAGUGACUGCGCGAGCGCGGCUCGUGGCGGCGCCUCACGGCGGCGGCGGGUCUGUCUGCCCGCCCCUUGCCUCUGCGGAAGGGCUUUGUGUGGUGCCGGUCGUCUUGUCCUUUCACCUCUUCCCCGCACCUUGCUUUCGCCGCAGCAGUGCCGAGGAUCAGGCGCGGACGCCGCGGCGAAGGGAAGGUUUCGCCGCGUCCAGGUCGCCUCAUCGCUUCCCUGAGCCAGCGUCGGUUUGCGGGCGUGCGGCCCCCGUGUCUCGUCUGCAGGUGUCACGGCUGUCGCUGAAGCUGUAGCGGUGCCGGGACAAAAGCUCCGCUUUCUUAUGCGAAAUGACUACCCCAAACAAGACACCACCUGGUGCUGAUCCAAAGCAGUUAGAGAGGACGGGUACUGUUAGAGAAAUAGGCUCACAAGCAGUUUGGUCGCUUUCAUCCUGUAAGCCAGGGUUUGGAGUGGAUCAGUUACGAGAUGAUAAUCUAGAAACCUAUUGGCAGUCAGAUGGAUCGCAGCCUCAUUUGGUGAACAUUCAAUUUAGAAGAAAAACAACAGUGAAGACUUUAUGUAUCUAUGCAGACUACAAAUCUGAUGAAAGUUACACUCCAAGCAAAAUCUCUGUCAGAGUAGGAAAUAACUUUCAUAACCUCCAGGAGAUCCGGCAACUUGAAUUAGUGGAACCAAGUGGUUGGAUUCAUGUUCCUUUAACAGAUGCUCAUAAGAAGCCUAUUCGCACAUUUAUGAUUCAGAUAGCUGUUCUAGCUAAUCACCAAAAUGGAAGAGACACUCACAUGAGACAAAUCAAAGUGUACACGCCUGUGGAAGAGAGCUCUAUUGGUAAAUUUCCUAGAUGUACAACAAUUGAUUUCAUGAUGUAUCGCUCCAUAAGAUGAACUUUCUUAAUGAGAAACAAUAAAAGGAAAUCUUCUUGAUGACAGUA